GUAAAUUUGGGGGUUUUUGCUAUGGCGUUGGCUAUGAUACUCACUCUUUUUCGUUCCCUCCUGAACUGAGUCGUGCAAUGAAGAGUUCUUGCUGUGCUUAUGGCCCAACAUCAUUCCUUCGACUAUGAGCCUGUGAGCCGAUUCGCAGGUGCGAGCGCGGCGAUACGGCGACCAAGAGAAAUCGCAUACUUCUCCUACGAUGAGGACCACAAAUUCAGACUCGACGCAUCCAGCCUGCGCUAUUACUACCCUCCAACCUUACCGUGCGAUCUCAACAAAGGGUUCGAUACGUUCAGACAGUUAGAUGACACCGCCGAUGACCAUCUUGCUGGACUGCUAGAGGCUAUCAUUGCUUAUGAAAAAGAAAAGUCGGCCAAGACGGAGAUUGACAUUGUGACAUGGCGCGGCAUGAUGACCAAGAUCAUGGUGGUACCAUACUCCAAGCUUGACAAUUGGGAAAUGAACGCCACGCUCUUCCAGGGCACCAUUUUCCUCGAAGAGAACCACACAAAGAAGCUUUCUUCGCGACAAGAACAGUUCACCGCGGGAGCCCGGCCGAACAACAUCAUGUCCCAAGAUGUUAUGAGUUUCUGGGGCUACAAGUUUGAAACCGUGUCUCUUCUCCCGGAGCCUUGGUCCGCCGUGACACGAGAGGACAUCGAGUCACGCGAAGACCAAGUCGUGAGUAACUACGCCCAGUACUGCUCGAUUGUCCGCACCGGCCUCGGCAAGGUGAAAAUCAUCAUCGGUGGAGAAGUCGAUGCCGUGAUGGACUACAAGCCAGAAGACAAGUCUCAGCCCAUCAAUUGGGUUGAGUUGAAGACCACUGCCGCGGUCAUCAAUGAACGUGAGCAGGUCAAGUUUGAGAGGAAGCUCUUGAAGUUUUGGGCUCAAUCGUUUCUGCUGGGUGUACCCAAGAUUGUGGUGGGAUAUCGGUCGCCGCAAGGUGUCUUGGAGCGACUCGAGGAGCUUGAGACACAGACCAUCCCGGACAAGGUUCGACAGAAGGGCAAGUAUCUCUGGGAUGGGCAGAUCUGUAUCAACUUUGCCGCGAACUUUUUGGAAUGGCUGAAGAGCGUCAUCACCGAAGAUGGGGUAUGGCGCAUACGUAAGCGCGAAAAGGUUCCAGCAAUAGAAGUCUUUAAGGUCGAAGAGACUGGCCACGGAGACAUUCUGUCACCUGCCUUUGUAGAAUGGCGAACAACCGGCCUCGCGGUUCACCAGAGCAAGUCUUCAGACGCUGCUAAUACCACAAAUGGGCAAGUCGAAACCCACGAGCCUCAAUGAUAUCUUGUCGCCAGUUUGCUUCGCCUUUGGUCCUCUGAUCGUUGGGCAAACAACUCGAUUUGCACCAUUACCAGUAUCAAGCAGGUUCUGAGCCAGAGAUGUCAGGAACUCCGGUGGAUACCUGGCCUGAUGCUGCGUCUCGCUUGCGUUGGGCCGCGACAACCUUCUUAUGACCACGACUUGAGACAUGACGGUUCCACUCAUCGAUCGUCAUCAAUAUCUUGUCGCACGUCUCGCAUUUCUGGGCCACUCGAGAGUUUGUCGCAGCUUGCUCAUCGGGAGCAGAGAGCAUCUUGUUCGCAAGCUCUGAUAAACUUUUGUUCUCUGGAAGGGAUCCACCGUCGAGAAACGAUUCCACAAGCCUCUGGGCGUGUUCGAAAACAUCGGUGUCCCAAUUCUCGAGAUUCGUCCCAUCAAGAAGAAACAUCAUACUGAAUUCACCCGCCUGUUGCAGUGCAUUAGCCAGUCGGAUUCGAAUAUAGCGAUUCUGGCGCUUUGCAUAGCGUCUGGUCCCUCCCUUUACAGCUUCCACGGCUUGCGCCAAAGCGCGAGAUGUCUGG